ACUUGUAGUUUCACCUACUCGGAGCCCGAGGAAAAAGAAUCACUGAAGCCCAGAAGUUUGACAUUACAGUGAACGGUGAUUAUGCCAUUGCAUUCCAGCUUGGGCAACGGAGCAAGAACUUGUCUCUAAAGAAGAUAUAAAUACAAAAUAAAAAUACAAUGGUCUCUGAAGAAAAUCUGGGAAGCCCCAGACAUUGGAGGAGCAAAGUAAAAGUUCACAGUUACUGAGAGAAAGAAAGACGGAGAAAACAGUGCCACCACACUCAGAAGAAAAGAGAGGAGGAUAAGAAUCAACUUUCACAUUGAAACAACCUUCUUUCCAACUCUAAAGGAUUUCUGAUUUAGAAGGGAACAACACCCUGGACAUGGCUGCAGAGAUUCACAUGACAGGCCCAGUGAGCCUCAUUGACAACACCGAAGGGCAACUGGUGGUGAAUCCAGAAGCUCUGAAGAUCCUGUCUGCAGUUACGCAGCCUGUGGUGGUGGUGGCGAUUGUGGGCCUCUACCGCACAGGCAAAUCCUACCUGAUGAACAGGCUGGCUGGGAAGAACAAGGGCUUCCCUCUGGGAUCUACAGUGAAAUCCCACACCAAAGGAAUCUGGAUGUGGUGCGUGCCUCAUCCCAAGAAGCCAGGACACACCCUAGUUCUGCUCGACACUGAGGGCCUUGGAGAUAUAGAGAAGGGUGACAAUGAGAAUGACUCCUGGAUCUUCUCCCUGGCCAUCCUCCUGAGCAGCACCUUCGUGUACAAUAGCAUGGGAACCAUCAACCAGCAGGCCAUGGACCAAUUGCAUUAUGUGACAGAGCUGACAGAUCGAAUCAAGGCAAGCUCCUCACCUGAUAACAAUUAUGUAGAAGACUCAGCUGACUUUGUGAGCUUUUUUCCAGCAUUUGUGUGGACUCUUAGGGAUUUCUCCCUGGAGCUGAAAACAGACGGAGAACCCAUCACUCCCGAUGACUACCUGGAGCUUUCGCUGAAGCUAAGAAAAGGUACUGAUAAAAAAAGUAAAAGCUUUAAUGAUCCUCGUUUGUGCAUUCGAAAGUUCUUCCCCAAGAGGAAGUGCUUCGUCUUCGAUCGGCCCGCUCGGGGGAAGUACCUUCCCCACUUGGAGCAGUUGAAGGAGGAAGAUCUAAACCCUGAUUUCAUAGAACAAGUUGCAGAAUUUUGUUCCUACAUCCUCAGCCAUUCCAGUGUCAAGAGUCUCUCAGGUGGCAUCACAGUCAAUGGGCCUCGUCUAGAGAGCCUGGUGCUGACCUAUAUUAGUGCUAUCAGCAGUGGGGAUCUGCCCUGCAUGGAGAAUGCAGUCCGGGCCUUGGCCCAGUUAGAGAACUCAGCUGCAGUGGAAAAGGCUGUUGCCCACUAUAACCAGCAGAUGAGCCAGAAGGUGCAGCUGCCCACAGAAACCCUCCAGGAGCUGCUGGACCUACACAGGGACAGUGAGAGAGAGGCCAUUGAAGUCUUCAUGAAGAACUCUUUCAAGGACGUGGAUCACAAGUUCCAGAGGAAAUUAGGGGCCCAGCUGGAAGCAAGGCGAGAUGACUUUUGUGAGCAGAAUUCAAAAGCAUCAUCAGAUUGCUGCAUGGCUUUACUUCAGGAUAUAUUUAGCCCUUUAGAAGAAGAUGUCAAGCAGGGAACAUUUUCUAAACCAGGAGGUUACCGUCUUUUUAUUCAGAAGCAGCAGGAGCUGAAGAAUAAGUACUACCAGGUGCCAAGGAAGGGGAUACAGGCUGAAGAAGUGCUGAAAAAAUACUUGGAGUCCAAGGAGGAUGUGGCUGAUUCACUUCUACAAACUGAUCAGUCACUCUCAGAAAAGGAAAAAGCGAUUGAAGUGGAACGUAUAAAGGCUGAAUCUGCAGAAGCUGCAAUGAAAAUGUUGGAGGAAAUACAAAAGAAGAAUGAGAAGAUGAUGGAAGAGAAAGAGAAGAGUUAUCAGGAACAUGUGAAACAAUUGACUGAGAAGAUGGAGCGUGAUAAGGCCCAGUUAAUGGCGGAGCAAGAGAAGACCAUCACAUGUAAACUUAAGGAACAGGAACUCCUUCUCAAAGAGGGAUUCCAGAAUGAGAGCAAGAGACUUCAGAAGGAGAUACAAGAUAUCCAGAUGAGAGAAAGAUCAUCGAACUCAACAUGUAACAUACUCUAAAAGUCCAAGGAGAAAAGUUUGCCUACCUAGCUCCCUCUCUCCAAGGAACAAGGUGAAUGAGCAACUCCAGUGUGUCGAACAACUGCCAUUAAACUUAACUCAAAAUCAUGAUGUGAGCAUUUUUGUUGGACAAUAAAGUUUGCAAAGUGAAGGUUCAA